ACUCACGUCUGCAACUUCCGAUCUGAAAACGAGAAAAGGAAAAAUGAAGAGAAGCCAUGCAAAUCAUCGCAUCUUCUUGCUCUUCUUCUCAGUAAGAGCCUAGGGUUUCGAUCGCUUGGGUGGCCAUCUCCUAUUUCAGAUCUGAUCUGACGAAGGCACAUGUUUUUUCAAUGAGAAUUGGGUAUCCGAACAUGUGGACUAAGACCAGAGAAAACCCGCAUCUGGAACAAAUUGGUUAAUCAAUCUCUGACCACACAACUCAAUGCCCAAUCCACAUGAUGAAGAAGAUUAUUCCUUCGUUCCUAACUAUUGCCUCCCCGCCGUCUCUCUCCGCCGCCAAGUGCGUGUUUGAGUUUUAGGGGAAGAGGGUCCCUGGAUCGACUGCGGAGCUUCUUUGUAAAUUCCAGAAAGGAGAUGUGGGGGAGAUGAGUUUGGCUAUGGGGAAAGGUUUUGGAGAUUGAUCUGAUUCUGUCCGAGAAGUCUAGAAUAAGGUGGUAGAGAUGUUUUCUGCUAUAACAGAUGCUAACCAUAAACGGACGGAUUGGAUUUUAAGGUUGAGUGCAAUUUGUGUGUAUGAUGUGCCCGCAACAGAGAAGCAUGGAAAGACAAUGAAUGUCGUAUUUCAUGAAAAGGAGGGAUGCCGUAUUCAUGCUCAGAUCAAAGAAUGUCAUAUUGACAUGUACAAAGAUUACAUCAAGGAAGGAGAAGUGUAUGUAUUGAUGAAUGUGUUGGUUGUGAAAAAUUAUCUUCCGUACAAGACUACUAAGCAUCCUUAUAUGUUGCAAUUUAUGACCAAAACUCCUUGCAAGAAGCAUAUAUAAUCUCUCAGUUUUCCAGUUUACAAGUUCAAUUUUACAAUAUUUGAUUAUCUACAACAUCAAUCAUGGCUCAAUGACAAGUUUCUAAUAAGUAAUCACUUCAGCCUACCUUUUGUUUAACUUUAAAUGUUCGUAUAAAUAAAAUGCUCCUAGUCACAUAGAGAGAGUAAAAAAUGAAGAAAAAUUGAGAAUAAUG